AUGUCCCAAAUACCUGUGGAUCAAGAUAAUGAAUCCCUUUCUCCACUAAGAAAACGGACAAAAGUCUCUAGGGCCUGUGACCAAUGCAGAAAGAAGAAGGUAAAAUGUGACGCCCACUUUAAUAAAACAUCAAAUCUCCUUGAGAGACCAUGUUCUCAUUGCUCCAAAAAUGAUGAAGUUUGCACUUUUGAACGAACCCCUCUCAAAAGAGGCCCAUCCAAAGGAUAUUCGAAAUACUCGGUCUCGCAACCAUCCGAUCAAUACAUACCAAAGGGCACCUCAAUAUCUGCGUCUUCCUCUUCCUCAAGCCUAUCAAUGUUGGUGCCUCAAAAGCAACUGUUGCCACCAUUAAACUCAAAUUUCUCCAGCAAUAACAAUAACAAUAAUAAUAAUAGUGUCAAUUUACCACCCAUUGGCACUAUCACUAAACCAAUGAACUCUUUUAUUGCUGCAACACUGUCAUCAUCAUCACCCCAACAACUUUAUUCAAAAUAUUAUCAAUCAACAGGACUUAUCCUGCUGCAGAUACCUCCAUUAACGGCUCCUAGACCAAUAAUUUCACCUGACACCAGCAACAACAAGUUCCCAUCAUCAUUUUCAGCGACCCCAACACCUCCGGGACUGGUCACCCAUCUGCCAAUAUUUUCACCAAUUCGAUCAAGAUCAAACUCUGAUGUGGUCCACCCUCCCAAAUUGUCAAGACCUUCGGUUAGUAGCAUUAAUAACAUUCUCAAUCCCCCAAUGCCACCAUCAUCAUCUUCGAUUAAUCAACCUCAACCUCCUAACUUUCAAACCCCUAGUGGCAUGUUUUGGAAAGUGCCGUAUGCUUCAUCUAUCACCGAACGCAAAAACUCCACUGACUCUUUGAAUCUGUUUGUUAGUGACUACUCUGCUGCGUCACCCAUGGCUACCAAUUUUGAUAAUGGUGCUGGUGCGAUUUCUGACCUGGAAAAUGAUGAAUACCGAUCAGCAGUAAGUCAUUAUUAUGGCAUUAACAAUGCUAAAACUCCGGUUCUGCCAGCCAACUCAUAUUCCAGUUUGAGUAGCAUUAACAAUAAUAUCAACAGAACCUUGAAUUUCAAUAAUGAUUCGCCUAGGGUAACUUCCCAAUUGCCUAAUCAUCAACAUGAUUUGGUUUCCAAAUCCUCAAGAGAUGGUAAACCUUACAAUGACCAAUUGGAAUAUAAUCUUGGAUUUUAUUAUCGAGUGAUCCAUGCUAAUUUUCCAAUAUUACCACUAUCACGACAAGACUUUGAUACUUGGGUGAAUCAAAUACCCCAUUCGGCAGAAAAUAGGGUGGUGGUCGAUGUAUUUUGCAAAGUAUUACAAAUCGUGGUUAGUGUGAUUAAAAAGGAUGAUAUUAACAUUAUUAAUCCAAACCAAACGGAAUUCUCGAAUUUGAAUAAUCAAGUUUUGCUAAUCAAAGAUAUUUUGCAUCCAUUAUUUAUCCAGAUUUUCCAAAUCUAUCCGUCACUUUUAAGAAAUUCACUGGGUAGUUCCAUCUCCAGUGUGGAUACCAGCCAUUAUUCCAAAGUUUUAUUGUUGAUAACCUUGAAUCUCUGUAAUUAUUUGGUGGUCAAUUCCGGGGAGGAUUUCACUGGGGGAUUUCACUUCAUCUUCACCAUAUUCAUGGACUUUCAAGUGCAUAAGAAAAUUAAACCUUUGGUAUCCGAACUUUCAAGAUCCAAAUCUUCUAAUGGGAUGAUGCACACUGACGCAAUGACAUCUUCAAGUACUCUGAUUCCGUUUGCCAAAUUAUCCAAACCAUUUGAAGGGAUUUCGUCAUUUAAUCCAGAAUUGAUCUAUGUUAGACUUUUGAUCAACUCGGUGGUGUUGGAAAAUAUUUAUUCUUUGGCCUUUGGCGCGCCUAGAGUCUUCAACUCCAUCCAAUUAGAUCCUAAUUUAGUAGAUUUGGUAUACGGUUUAGGGUUAACAAAAUCACUGCCAGAUGAAAUGGUAUCGGCAAAAAAUCAUUUCAAAGUGGGGUUGAUACUCUCCAAAAUCAUUGCGAUGGUUCAAGGGACGUUUGGCAGUGGUAUACUUUGUGGAUUUCGAUCGUUUUAUAAUAGUUAUGGUGAAUAUCGGGAAGAAGAAGAAGAAGAUGGUGAUGAUCAAGAAGAAGCAGUGGAUUAUAUGAAACAAUUGAGCAAGUUGAAUAUAAGAUCAUUUGAAUUGUUCAAGUCAUUUGAGAUUACAAGCUAUCAUAAUAAUGGGAAAAUUAAAGAUUUGGCAACGAAUUAUCUCAUGUUUAUUGAGCACAGAUUUCAAUUGAUUGACUGUUUGAAGGAGAUCCGGAGAGAAUCGGGAGUUUCUGGUAAUGUGGUGAUGCAAAAGUCAAAUAAUGAUGGGGAUAUAAAUACUAAUGGGAGGAUGGUAAUUGAAAAGUUACAAACCCAAUUAAGUAAUGUCUGUACUCAACUUUUAUUUAAGACCAUUGAUUUGUUAACCAUCAUAAUUGAGAAUCGUUCGGAGUUUCAUUCUUUAUCACCGGCAUCAUUACAAUCUCGAUCGCUUAAGACUCCAAGGUACGUGUUAUUACAAUCCCCUUUUACUCCCACGAUAUUUAGACAAACUGUCAUUUUGACUAAUGUGAUCAAGAUCCUUGUGCAUUCUAUGGGGUUUAAUCCUCAGUUUUCUGAGGGUACUAUCGAUGGUAAACGCAGGCUUCAGGUGUUUGAUGGGGAUGUGAAAAUGAUUUACCAAAACUACCUUCCGGUAAUCAGGCCUUUCAAUGAUAGUAACAAUUAUGGGAUCACCCACCAGGGGGAGGUGAGCAAUCUGUUUGUCAAAGAUGUGGCAGAGCUGAUAUUCAAGAGAAAUGACGUUGGUAUUUUAGGUAUGUCCAAGCCUGAUUUGUAUUCUGUUAAAAAUGGAGAGGUUGGCGGAAGAAAUCUAUUUCUGUUUUUUAUCGAGCAAUACAAAGUUCCAUUGGAAACUGCUACGGGUGCCAGUAUUUCCGUUGGCCAUCCAAUGAUGAUCAAUUAUCAGUAUAAGAAUAGCCAAUAUUUUGAAGGCAAACGGAUGGAAGAGGUUUUCAAGGUUUGGCAAAAGUUUAUAAAAGAAGUGGAACGGUAUUUAAGAUCCCAGGACCAUGAAGGAUGGUUGUUAAAGUGA